UUCUCACAAGGAUAAAUAGAAAUUCUAAUCUCGCUAAUUCCUUCUUCUUCUACUCAAGUUUCAUAAUCUAACUUCAAAAGAACUUAAUAUUUUCAGUGCAUUAGGGUUUCGUUUAGGUAACGUUGGUGUGAUUGCUGAAGAUUUUGGAUGAGUGAUGCAGCUUAAAGGAUCCGGCCUAUUGGAGAGAAACGAGAUAUUGCGGCGAACAGCUUGAAGGAUGGCAAAUGAUACUAAAGCUAGUCGCAAAGCUAAGGAUGAGGAAACCAAUGGUUCAAAAGGGAAAAAUAUUGUUAGCAGAUCAUCAUCUAGUUCAGGUAGUGCGCCUGAUACAUCUGCUCUAAGAAGGUCAGCCAGAGAAACAUCAUCAAAGAAAAGCAUGGCUCCAAGCCCUUCAAGCACUAGGAAGUCUGAACGUCUUGAGAAUCGGACCCCUACAACUCCUGCAGUCAUGUGGAAAUCUGGGAGAGUUGAGAAGGAAAGCAUGUCGAGUCUUUUGAGAAGGUCUAAGAGGGGUAAGAAUCAGUCAUCAUCCAGUUCUUUUGGUUCAAAGAAGUCUGGUAAAAGCUUGGGCUCAUCAGUUAUGAAAAAAAAGCACAGGAAAGAGAAGAGUGUGAAACUGUUGACUCUUGAAACUAAUGAAAUCGGCCACAGUGAGAAACAUAUUAUCAAAGCUGUUCAGGUUGAAACAAAGAUAACUGAUGCUCGUGUUUACAGGUCAUUGUUCAAACAGCAACAAAAGAAAGCUAAUCUGGAAGGUUUUUGUGAGGAGACGAAGAACAAGAAGGUUAAGUCAUCUCAAGGAUAUUGCAGCAAUCCCAGUGCUGGAACUUCUGAGAAUGCUGAUGGGGGUGGUGACUGCAGUCAGAGGGAGUUGUCAGCUGGUGGUUCACCUGAGUUUGAUAAUAAUCAUCUGGACUUUGUCAACUAUCUUCUAGAGUGCUGGCACAGGGGAGAGAAUGCUGUUCUUAUUGAUGAUCAGGAACAAAUUGCAAAGGUGAUUUAUUUUAUUUUGUCAAUAUCAUCCAAUGCCACUUGGCCAUUUCUUGUCAUCACGACUUCUGCUGCGCUUCAUUCAUGGGAAGAAGGGCUAUUUCGUUUGGCGCCAUCUCUAUAUGCUGUGGUUUAUCAUGGAAACAAAGAUGUACGGAGAAGUAUUAGGACGUUGGAGUUUUACAGUGAAGGAGGUUGCAUUAUGUUUCAUAUACUUGUAACCUCACCAGAAGUUAUUAUUGAGGAUCUAAAUGUGCUUGAAUCAAUGAAAUGGGAAGCUGUAAUAGUGGAUGAGUGCCAGAGGUCUAGAAUAUUUUCACAUUUUAAACAAAUUAAGAUGCUAAGGACUGCUAUGCGGCUUCUCCUUGUAAAUGGUCAGCUUAAGGAUGGCAUCACUGAGCACUUGCUGCCUCUGCUUGUUCGUCAGAGUGAUCCAGAUGGUAGUGAAUGCUUGGUGAUUGAUUCCAGCCAUAAGACUGGCAUUUUUAAGGAAAGGUUGUCACAAUACAUUGCAAAUGGUUGCAAACCAGAUUCCUCAAGGUUUAAAGAGUACUGGGUUCCUGUACAGUUAUCCACCAUGCAGCUUGAGCAGUAUUGUGCCAUUCUACUUUCAAACUCUUUAUUACUUUGCUCAUCCUCAAAGAAUGAUCUUGCUGGUUCCCUACAUGAUAUUCUUAUUUCUGUUCGAAAGUGCUGUGAUCAUCCCUACAUCAUGGAUCCAUCACUACAAAUUUCAUUAACAAAAGACGGUAAAGAAGCUGACAUUUUAGAUAUUGGAAUAAAAGCUAGUGGCAAGCUACAACUCCUGGAUGCAAUGCUUUUCAACAUAAAAGAGAGGGGAUUAAGAGUGCUAGUUCUUUUUCAGUCUAGUGGAGGUUCUGGAAAGGAUAAUGUUGGAGAUAUUUUAGAUGACUUUAUAUUUCAAAGAUUUGGCAAGGGUUCUUAUGAACGUGUUGAUGGGCGUGUACUCCCUUCAAGGAAGCAAGUUGCUUUGAAAAACUUCAACAAUCUUCAGGAAGGGAGGUUUGUGUUCUUAUUAGAAACCCGUGCUUGUAGUCCCAGCAUAAAACUUUCAUCUGUGGAUACUGUUAUCAUAUUUGCUAGCAAUUGGAAGCCAAAUACUGAUAUCAGGAACCUGCAAAAAAUAACGCUUUAUUCAGAGUCUGAACAGAUAAAUAUAUUUCGUCUAUACUCUUCUUGUACUGUGGAAGAAAAGGUCUUAAUUGUUGCAAGGCAAGAUAAGACACUUGAUAGAAAUUUACAGAGGAUAAACCAGGGUGCUAGUCACAUGCUUCUUAUGUGGGGGGUUUCAUAUCUGUUUGACAAAUUGUCAGAGUUUAAUUGUGGCAAUGACCCUGCCUCCAGUGGAAAUACAUUGUUUGAGCAGUCACAUAUGAAAGAUGUUAUACAGGAGUUCUUAGCUAUAGUAACUCAGAAGGGAAAAGACAAGAAUCUAAUUAACUCUGUAAUUUUGAAUGUUAAACAAAAUCAAGGAAGUUAUACUACUAAUCUUCCAUUGGAUGGUGAGCCAAAAAUUCAAUUGUUGGAUGAAGAGCUGCCCCAUGUAUUUUGGGAAAGGUUGCUUAAGGGAAAACAGCUACAGUGGAAAUAUAGUUCUGGUUUGUCUCAGAGGAACAGAAAAAGGGUUCAAUAUUUUGAUCACAUACAGAAGAACUCUGACGUCAAGGCUGAUGAAGUUGUAAAGAAGCGCAAGAAAGUGGCCAUUGAUAACUCCAAUUCACCAUCUCUAAAAGCUGCUCCAAUAGGAACUUCUGGAGCUCCAGUGUGUAGUAUGUCUCAAUUCAUGCCAAGUUCAACUGGUUGUCUUACUACAACUGAUGCAAAUCAUGUUUCCAACUUCACCCAUUUGAAUAAUAAAUUGUCACUUCUACCAAAAGCUAAUACGGUUGAUUAUAAUGAAAGAAUGAAUUUAGAUUAUUCUCAGAAGAGUCUCCAUCUCGAUUUGAAGCCAGAGAGAGAAAAACUUAGUGAAAUUUUACAACUCCCAGGGGAUGUCAAGAUCAUGGUUGAUCAAUUUCUGGAAUAUGUACUGAAUAAUCACCAUGUCAGUAGAGAGCCAACUAGCAUAUUGCAAGCAUUUCUGAUAUCCUUGUGUUGGACUGCAGCUUCCAUGAUUAAGUACAAACUUGAUCACAAGGAAUCGCUUGCACUUGCAAAACAGCAUUUGAACUUUUGCUGCACGAAGGAUGAGGCAGAUUUUGUUUAUUCAAAGUUGCGAUAUUUAAAGAAAGUAUUUCUUUAUCAUACAGGAAAUUUUAAGUUGGCUGGCUCUCCAAAAGCUGCAGAAUUUUCAACUAAAGAUCUCAGUACAAAUCAGUCAAAUGGAAGACCUUCACUGUCAACACCAUCUAACAUGCAAAAGGUUAGAAUAGAGGUUGAAAACCUGAGACCUGGUCAAGAAUUCUUCAUUGAUCAGGCCCUUUCCGAUCUAGGAUUGGCACAGAAAGAUUACUCAGAAAAUAUUGAAGACAUUGAAAAGAAAUGUCAUGAACAUAUGAACAAGCUAUUGCAGAAGCAAAGAGAAGAAAGGGAAGAGUUCAAAAAAAAGUAUGAGGAAGAAAAGGCAGAACUUGAGCUCAUGCAGAGAACAGAGGCAGCUGUUAUUCAUUUACACAGUAAUAGUUCAAUGAGAACAGAUAAACUCAAGGUACUGGAUAAUGUAUUUGCAAAAGAGUUCAGAGAGCUUAAACGGAUGAUGGAGAUACGCCUUAAUGAUGUUUUGGAAUUUCAACUGGCUACAAGGAACAAGUUAGAAGAGAGGAAGGCUCAUUGGAUUGGAGUGAAGUCGUCUGGAUUAAUAAAUAAACCACUUGCAGAUGAGUCUGGAUAUGAUCAACAAAACACUGUAACUGUGAAUUCUUGUUCCAAAGAGCAGACUUCUGAACGAGCCCAAAGCAUGCCAGAUGGAGAGGCUCUCUUGGAAGCUCUUGAAACUGUGAGUUUGAAUGAGGAUUUAUUUUCUGAGGUAUUGUCUGCAUCUGAGCCAAUGUUUGAUGGGGCUACUUCCAGCAUGCCGGACAGAGAGGUUCCUUCGGAAAUGCCUCAGACUGCUCAGACUGCAAGUGUGAGGGAUGUUUCAGAGAAUAUUGUCUAUUUGAAAGCAUUUUCAGGUGAAGGACAAAUUCCUGAUACACAGGUUGCAGUGAGAGUCCUUGAGGCUAUCAGCUCUAGUGAUGACCCAGAGAAUACCAUUCAUAAAUCAUCAUCUGAAAGUCCUAACAGAGAUGCAUUAAUGGUGCCUUAUAUUGUCAGUUCCACUGGUGGCCUGGAGAAUGCUGCUUCCACAAAUCCUUCACCAUCUAAAGGCUGUACUGCCAGAACAACUUCAUGCAUAGAUGGCAGAGUUCUGUUGGAAGUGCCUGAAACCACUUCUAUGGAAGCUGAGCAUGGUAACAGAGUUAAGGAGACAGAUGGAAUAUCGGCUAUGUUAUCUGAUAAUGCAACUGAAGAAGAUCAGCAGAAUGGAUUGGUGUCUAGGCUUAAUCAAGAUUCUCAAUCUGAUAAUAUUGCUGCAGCCAACCAGCAAAAUGGAAAGGUUCUUUUAGGAGCGCCCCAAACCAAAGAAGUUGACCUGCAGGAUGAGGAGGUUCCAUCAGGAGUUCAUGGAACUCCUGUAGAAGGGAGUGCUAGUAAUGGUGGAGAGAACACUGGUGUUUAUGUUACAGCCUUUUCUUAUGGUACUGGAGUUGAUCAGCUGGCUGGAGUGCUUCCAUCAGGAGGGUUUGAAACUGCUACUAGUGCAGAAUUGGAGGGUAGCCGCACUCAGCGAGAGAUUGACAGAAUACAUGCUGUAGCCUCAGAUACUAGUCAACCAACGGAGUCCUCUAGACUGCAAGAUAGAGUUGCACAAGUUUGUGAUAACCAGAUUGCUUUUCAAGAAGUUGAUGCCUCAGCAUUCCAACCUCUUGUUGUAGCUUCUGGCCAAUCUCCUAAUGAUGCACCUGUCACUGAGCAUCUGCUGGAAUUGUUACUAUCAACUGACUCUCCUAGUGGUUCACAGCCUGCAGCUUCAUUUGCACAACUUUUGCCUAUUGACUCGAUAGCUGUUGGUGGAUCAGGGAUGCAUAUUUCAAACAUGAGGACUGCACCUGUUACCCCUGGAACUAGUAAUCGUCCUGGAACCGCACUUACUGUGCGAAUGCCUGUAUCUAUGUCUCAAGAUCCACUUCAAAAUGAGUUGGAUAGAUUAAGCAAAGAAACUGAAGAAAUCAUCAAGAUCCAUGAAGAUACAAAGCUGCAGUUGGAAUCUGAUUGCAAGAAGGAGAUAGUGGAGGUGGUAGCUCAAAUUCAUAAAAAACAUGAUAUUAAACUUCAGGAGAUAGAAUCUGAUUUCCAGUGUAAGAAGAAAGAGAUGAAUGACAAUCAAAACAAAGUUCUUAUGAACAAGUUAUUGGCUGAGGCUUGGAAGACCAAGUGCAUGGAUAGUAGAGCAUCUAGCACCCUUGGCAAGCAGCAAGAGAUCACCUCUAGUGCUGUGCAGCAGCUACUACAGCAAUCUCAAUCCACUGCUCAGAGGCUUCCUAUUGUUGCUUCAUCUGGUGUUUCUGCAGAUGGUCAUCAAACAAAUCCCUCACUUUUCCCUCCCUCCCCACCUCUAGAGGUUGUUCGUUGCUCAUCACUUUUAUCAGGCACCCCUACCAGACCACCACAUAUUGGUUCCAUCUCUCCUAUCACAAACAAUUUCCAACUUGGUAGUGGGAUUAGAGCUCCUGCCCCACACCUGCAACCUUUUAGACCUUCAGCAUCCAUAUCAACAACUGGUCUUUCUUCCUUUCUACAUGGGAUGCAAAGUCAACAAGUACCUUCAACUUCUCCCACGCUUUCUGAGAUUCCUUCACGAGCUCCAGCACCUGUGCAACAAUCUGGUCCUCAGACUACGACAAAUUGUUGUGAAAGCAUGGGGGUCUCGCCUUCUAGCACAUAUCUCUCUGGACUCGAUUCGUUAAUGGAUGUAGGUUAUCAAACAAGUACAAAUGCAACUCAACCCUGCAGUUUUCCUCCAGUAACAGAUUUGAUUCCAAACCCCAACCAGUUGACCCAGCCAGAGCUUAGCAUGCUACAUAGUGUGAAUAGUGUGCUGACAAACCCAGCAAGUGAGGUCUGUUUAUCAGAUGAUGAUUGACAUGUGGUUUUAUCUAUGUACUUUAUUACGUUUAGUUUCAUUUCCGUAGUAUAUAGUUCCUCUUUUUUUUUCCCCUUUUUUGGAACAUUAUUUUCAUGAGAACUUGGGGCGUUCUGACUUUUUGGCUGCAGAAUUUGCGGGUGUAAAUAUUUGAAUGCAUCAUCUAU